AUGAACGAUUGGCUAGCCGACGCCUCGAAUAUUCCUGGCCAGAAUAAUGGCGCAUUUAAUUCUGCAACCAUAGACCCAGCAAAUGCUUUCUUUCACGCCUCGUCCAACCCUCCGGAUCCAAACCAAUACCAGCGCAUGUUUAAUGGCGUGCCGCGCAACGCUUCUCCCGUUUUCCACAACUCCAAUCAGGUGAUCCCAUCCAAGCGAACCCGGCCUGAGGAUGGAAUGCCCAUGUCACCCAGGCCUGGCCCCGGUACGGGCAUGACUGGGUCCCGAUCGCAAACUCCCCAUCAAGUACCUUUUCCCGGAUACCAAGGUCCACCGAAUGGAGCUCAAUUUCCGCAGCAUCCCACAGCCUAUCAGCACUUGCAACAAGGCGCCUCGCCUAGUGUGACGCAGUCGCCCAUCUUGCAAGACUUUGACCAACAGAGUGCACGCAUGGGGACAGCUUCCCCGAGCCCCUACUCUCCGGCCGGGCCACAUGUAGGGAGUGGCCCUCAGAUGUCGCCAUCUCAGUCAGAUGUGAGUCGCGUCAAUACGCCGCAAAAUGGCCAAUUUAUGUCCGGGCAAUCUUUCCCCCAGUCGAUGAACCCCCAGUUCCAGCAAGGGCCUGGCAUGACUCCCGCGGCACAGCAAUCUCAAAUGCAAUCGCAACAGUUCAGUGGGAUGUCGCACGUACCUCAGAAUUAUCAACAAGCAAUUGCGCAACAGCAACAACGGCUACGCCAAAUGCAGAUGCAAACUCAACAAAUGAAUCCAAAUUCCAAUCCUCAGAUGGGCAGUCGGCCUCCCGUUCCAAGUGGCAUGAAUCCAAUGGCGAACCCACAGCAGAUGGCUGCAAUUCGUCAGAUGCAGCAGCAACAACAACAGCAGCAGCAGCAACAACAAAAUAUGGGCAAACCCAAUAACCCGGAAAUGUUUAUUCGGACAUUACAGAAAUUCAUGAUGACACGAAACCUCCCAUUCGACCAGAAUCCUAUCAUCAGUGGUCGUCCGAUUAACCUCAUGCAAUUGUACGGAACUGUGAUGAAAAUGGGCGGGUCGAAGAAAGUAACUGCCAUGAAUUUGUGGCCAAUGGUCGCGCAGCAACUUCAAUUCCCGCAAGCACAGUUCCCGAUGGCUGCACAAGAGGUUCGGGAAUACCAUCAAAGAAAUCUUGCUCCCUAUGAGCAGGCAUACUUUCAAUCCCAAUCCAAACAGUAUGCCGAGAUGCAGCAACAGCAGCAGCAGCAGCAACAGCAGCAACAGCAACAACAACAACAGCAGCAGCAGCAGCAGCAGCCCGCCGCCGCCACAACAGUCACAAAAUCAGCAACCUCACCCUCACCCUCAGCAGCAACAACAUCAACAACAACAACAACAACACCCCCAUGCCCUGCAACAUCAUAG